AUGAUCAACAUCCUUACAAUGGCGGCCCUCGGCGCCAAACAUCAACUCUUCCUGUUGUCGUCAGGCGCCACCACUGCGGCCAGCUCGAUCAACCUCACGACCGCUGUCCUGAUACGCCAGGAACUGGUGGUAAACUCGCUUUUUUGGAUUCUGGGCCGAUGUCCAACCUCGACUCCUCUUCGCCUUCGACGCCUGGCGGCGAAGGUAUAUCAUCUUGGCGGUGUUCAUAGCGGCGCCGCCAUCGCGGCUACUCUCUGGUUCGGUAUCUCCAACGUGACCCUAUUCAACUCUUUGAGCUCGACCUCAGCCAAGGAGAGCGAAAUCUCGAUCCGGACCAUCACCAUUCUCCUCGACAUCCUACUGGUCACGACAAUCGUGACUGCCUUUCCAGCCUUCCGUACCUGGGCUCACGAUCUAUUUGAGAUCAUUCACCGUUUCUUGGGAUGGAUUGCUCUGGUCCUCUUUUGGAUCUUGUUUGGGUUCCUGGCUCACGUCCAGCUCACUGACAGUCCCCAACUCACCGUGAUGGAUGUGGUCGGUGCGAGUCCCGCAUUCUGGAGUCUCCUCCUGGCAACUUUCUCCAUAGUGCUGCCCUGGCUCCGUCUGCGCAAAGAGUCUGUUCGUUCCGAGCCACUUUCCGAUCACGCUCUUCAGCUUCACUUCGCCGGAGGGCGUCUGCCACUGUGCGCGGCGGUCCGGCUGUCAACUCGUCCUCUGCUGGAAUGGCACGCUUUUGCCACCAUUCCAUUCGACGAUGGUACAGGGUAUUCUGUCAUCGUGUCUAAUGCUGGAGAUUGGACGGCUCACCUGCUAGAGUCACCACCAACCAAGCUUUGGAUUCGAGGCAUACCGACCAUCGGAGUGCUUCACAUGGCGCCGAUGUUCAAUAAGGUGGUCCUAGUUGCCACCGGGUCGGGCAUCGGUCCCCUGUUAUCACUGACGGCGCAUCGGCACCCUGUUUGUCGAAUUAUAUGGUCAACGCCAGAUCCCAUUGCUACUUACUCCAGGUCAGUUGUGGAGAAAGUUCGAGAAGCCGACCCGGAUGCGAUGAUCUUCAACACAACCGAGUCUGGUCGUCCUGACCUUGUCAGACACAUUUAUCGACUCUAUUUCACGUCCGGUUCAGAAGCCGUCUUUCUUGUCUCCAACCCACGGACGACAAGAAAGGUCGUCUACGAGCUUGAAUCUCGGGGCUUGCCAAUUUUCGCACCGAUUUUUGACUCUUAA